UCUGCUUGCUUGAUGAUGGGAACCGGAGAGUUUGUGUGCGUGACGCUGCGCGGCGGCGCGCCGUGGGGAUUCACACUCCGCCAGAGCGCGCACGAAAGCCAACAUCCAAUCCAGCUGCUUCAGAUCGAGGCUGGCAGUCCUGCUGCGCUCGCUGGCCUGUGUGAUAAUGACGAGCUGCUGUCAGUCAAUGGAAAGCCUUGCUCUAACCUCAGUCUCUCCGACACUAUUGAUCUCAUCACAGCCUCAGCUGACUGUCUACAGCUGUUCAUCAAAAGAUGCUGUAGCCAACCUCAAGAGGGCGUUGAACUGGUUAGCACCACUUUUCGGAUCCCUUCACCAUCCAGGCCUUAUGAUCCUCAGCCGCAGGACCUGUACAUUUCCGAGUCCCAGGAUGAAGCAUAUUAUGGGGAAACAGACAGCGAUGGAGAAAGCCCUGUGAGAACUCGAUUGGUCCGGACCCAAGUUCAAAUACCUGCUUCUAGGAGUAAAGAAAGAGGAACUUAUGCACAAAUUGGUGGAGGAUCUGUGGUCGAAUUGCAGCUCUCGUUGUCCAAGACCACCCUGAAGGAACCAGACUGUACUGCACUCGGUAGUGCAUGUGGAGUUGUGGGAGAUGUCUAUCACAGAGAAACGGAUGAGUGCAUCACCUCUGCAAUUUCUCCAGAAAUUCCCCUUUAUGUUCCCAGACAAAACCGGCAACCCCUUGGUCAGCGGGGUGUAUUGGUUAGCAAAACCAGUUUUUUGCCAGGACAGGUGGAGGUAACGGUGCAGCAGAUUUCUGGUUCAGGAAAGGAGGGGGGAAAGGCCAGUGAACGGUUGGAUUCCGGUGGGGAAGAAGGAGGGAACAUUGAAGAAGCUCCCACCUCCUCUUCUGUGUCCUUUGGACUUCCCUCAGAGGAGUGGGACUCCGAAUCGGAGAGGGAGGUCUACCAGCCCAACAAGCACCGGGCAAGGCACGCCAGGCUCCGGCGCAGUGAGAGCCUUUCAGAGAAGCAGGUGAAAGAGGCCAAGUCCAAAUGCAAGCGCAUUGCUCUUCUGCUGUCUGCUCCUGCCCCCAACCCUAAUAAUAAGGGGGUGUUGAUGUUUAAGAAGCAUAGACAAAGGGCCAAGAAGUAUACUCUUGUAAGCUACGGUACUGGUGAGGACGAGUCCGAUUAUAAGGACGACUACGACGACAGUGACAAGGAGGAUCAUGCUGUUGAGUUCACUGUCCUAGCCACAAGUGAAAAAGAAAUUGAUAAGGAUUUCUUCACCAAUGCCGCAGCUCAAAAAAGCAUUGUGAGCUUUGAUUGGGAUACUGGAUUACUUGAGCUAGAGCGCAAGCUUGACAACCAGCAGGAUAUGGAAGCACUGCCUGAGACCAAGGGGAAAGGAGCACUCAUGUUUGCCCAGCGCAAACAGCGCAUGGAUGAGAUAGUAGCUGAGCAUGAAGAGCUGAGACGUAAGGGGAUCCCUGUUGAAGCAGUGCAGGAGCCUGAGACUCAUCAAACAUACCAACACAUGGAGGAGCAGGCUUAUAUUCAUGCACAAGAGACCCAAAAUUACAUGGAUGUAAAUCUACACCACAGCAUGUCUGCACAAAAGCAGCAACAGCAACAACAAUAUCAUCAGUACCAAGAACAAUACUAUCAACAACAGCAGCAGCAGCAGCAGUAUCAAGAUUACCAGCAGCAGCUACAAUACCAACAACAACAACAACAACAGUAUCAACAACAGCAAGAAUAUCAGCAACAGAAAAUGUAUCAACAAAUGCAAUCAUACAAUCAGCAACAACACUUCCAACAACAGAAAGUACAACAGUACUCACAUCAAAUGAAUGGGAUGUAUGAUCAGCAAAUGCAGAAUGAAAUGCAGGCAUCAGUUGCAAACAGGAGUGCCAAACCAUUUUCAACUCAAAACAGAGUAGCUGUUCCAUUUUCCUCCCCUCCAAAUGCAGACAAUCAAGAACAGUCUGGGUAUUCCUUGGGACAAGGUGAACAGAUCGCCUCCCGUGAUGAGCGUAUAUCUGUACCUGCCAUCAAGACUGGUAUCUUGCAAGACACAAGGAGAAGGAAUGCCAGUAAACCGAUGUUCACUUUUAAAGAGUCUCCAAAGGUUUCACCUAAUCCUGCUCUGUUGAAUCUCCUCAACAGGAAUGACAAGAAGGCAGGUUUUGAGUCUUUCCCAGAAGAAGAUUAUUUAAGCUUAGGGGCUGAGGCAUGCAACUUUCUUCAGUCCCCUAAAAUGAAACACAAAACUCCACCUCCAGUAGCUCCUAAACCUCACAUUAACCCUGCUUCUCCCCCAUGGACUAGUCCAGAAACUGCUGACCAACCUAUCACACUGCAAGUUGAAAGCAGUGUCCCAGGACCUGCAGAAGUCCCAGUCACAGUGGCUGAUGCUGCUUCUGUCCCCGCCCCUGAAAUGGGGGCCCAAGUCACGUCUGAAGAAGAACCUACGUUGGCCCCUGAAUCCCAUGAUGUUUCACACUGUCCUGAAGAACUUGCUGCAACUCAUGCCUGGAAACAACCGGAAGCUCAGAUGGAGCAGAACCAGCAACCAGACACCUGGAAUGAGAAACAACCACAACUACAAAUGAACUCUUCUCAUCCUGUAUCAACGCCUGUUACCCAAUCUGAUCCAUCUGCCAGAUCAUGGGAUCCAGCUCCAACCCAAGGUCAUCAGCAGAAUCCAGUAAGUAGUUGGGGUUCAAAUGAAGUCCAAAUGAUAGUCCCAUCCCAAACACAGCCACAGUGGAUGACACAAUCUCAAGCCCCUCCAGAGGUACAAUCAGAAGUGCCUCCUAAAACUCAGUCGCAGCCUUCUUGGGUAAGUCAGGCUCAAUCCUCACCCCAACCCAAGCAUCAGCCACAGCCUCAGUCUCAAAUCAACGCUUGGGCACCAAAUCCAACAUCACAAGUCCCCUGGUCUCAGCCACGUGAACCAUCACAGCCAUCUACUGGUGUUUGGCAACAAGAUCAAAAUCAAGCUCAAGAACAACCACCCUGGACCCAGGAGCAACAAUUCCAAGAAUCUCAGUUAAUGCCACAUUGGGCACCACCUCCUCAGCAACAGCCACAGCCUCUUUGGGCUCAACCUCAGAGGCAGACACAGCCACCACCACCUUGGGUCUCUCAGGCCAAACAGCAAGAACCAGCUCAGCCACCGAUAAACACAUGGACUCAGUCACAGAGUCCAAUUCAAGCACAGCCUCAGUGGCCUCAGCAGAGUCAACCACCACCUCAGCCCACAGCACAAUUGCAGCAACCUGUGAAUCCUUGGACACAAGCCCAUCCCCAACCACAACCACACUGGGGACAAGAACCUGCUUCUCAACAACACCCUCAACAAGUAAUGAACUCUUGGUCAGCUGAGCAGAAUCAAAUUCAGCCUCCUUGGGCUCAAGGAAUGCCACCAACUCAGCCCCAGGCACAUCCUCCAUGGGUACCAAAACCUCAACAGCAAACAUCACAACCACCUGUGAGCCAAUGGGCACCACCACAGUCUCAACCAGCUGUAAAUACUUGGACUCCCCAACACCCGCAAGGUUCAGUCGAAAGCCAAAAGUUGCCUGCCCAACCAAGUAAGCAGUGGAGUCCACCUCAGCCCACUCCUCCACGUCGAAUCAACUCAUAUACCACUGAGACAAAAGUACCAUCCCCCGUACCAGCGAGCAGUACUAUGGCAUCCCAUGGUUUCGGUUCUGCUUUUGAGAUGCCAGCAUUGAAAGGGAAAGGAGCAGAACUUUUCGCCAAGAGGCAAUCCAGAAUGGAGAAGUACAUUGUGGAUUCUACCACAGUACAAUCAAAUAAGGCAAGACCAUCUUCACCUUCUCCUUCUUUGCCAAAUUCCUGGAAAUAUUCACCCAAUUGCCGAGCACCCCCACCUUUGGCUUAUAAUCCAAUUCAUUCACCAUCAUAUCCCCCAGGUGCUGUCAAGCAGUCUCCCUCCUCUAGCUCUUCAACAACAAAUAAAAACAAAAGCAAAGACAAGGGAAAACCUGCCCCUAAACCUCUUCAUGUUCUCGAUGUCAUGAAGCAUCAGCCCUAUCAGCUGAAUUCCUCUCUUUUUACUUAUGGCCCAGCAGCAGAGAAACUUGCUGCAGAAAAAGAGGCAGCUGAAAAGCUUGCAGCUCAAAAAGCAGCUGAGGCUCAGGCCCAAGCCCAAGCCCAAGUCCAAGCCCAGGCCCAAAUUCAAGCUCAAAACCAGCAAAUGGCAUAUAACCAAGGCCCUCCCCCUUAUGGUUUUAUGCCACCUCAGGCCCAGCAACCCUACGGAAUGGCUGGUCAGCCACCGAUGCAUGAUGGCAUGUACCACCAAGCCGCUCCAAAUUCAUAUCAACCUGCUCCUAAUGUUUAUCCGCAACAUCCUCAUCAAGUCCAAUAUCAACAAGAAUACAACCCCCAACAAGCUUACCAACAACCUCCUUUAAAUACGUACCAACAGGCACCAAGCCCUCCCUACCAACAGCCCUCCCCCUCCUACCAGACAGGUCCUACUCCAGCAUAUCAAACUGGACCUGCAACGGCCUACCAACCAGCCCCUACUUCUUAUGUUGUUCCAUCUUACCAAGUAGCCACAAGGGCUGAUUCUGCCUCAGGAAGCAGUAUUACUGCUGCUCCCAAGCCUAAGUUUUCAGCCAAGAAAAGUGCUGCCCAGGUUUGGAAGCCAGGCACAGCUGAAAAAUAGUUUUCCGACAUGUUGUUACCUUAAAGGGAUAGUUUGCCUUUAAACAAAACUUGUUCUAAAGCUGUUUGGGUUUCUUUCAUCUGUUGAACACAAAAGAAGAUAUUUUUAAAGAUGUAGUAUUUUUCCCCAAAGCAAUCUCACUGCAAUUCAUAACUUUUUGAUUUAGUGGCUAAUUCGUAGUCAUAUGUACAGUCUAAUUCGUACAUUUUAGUAUGAGUUGCUCACACCCCAAUGAGGAGUAGGUUUAAGAGUGGGGUUAAGGGACACGGCUACUUUUAAAACUCGUGUUUUCAUAUGGAUCAAUUCAUAUAUAUUUGUGCAAAUUAGCCUUUGGGCAGCACGGUGGCUCAGUGGUCACCCCACAGCAAGAAGGUCGCUGGUUCGAGCCUCGACUGGGCCAGUUGGCAUUUCUGUGCGGAGUUCGCAUGUUCUCCCUGUGUUGGCGUAGGUUUCCUCCGGGUGCUCCGGUGUCCCCCACAAUCCAAAGACAUGCGGUAGAAGUGAAUUGAAUAAGCUAAAUUGGCCCUAGUGUAUGUGUGUGAAUGCGAGAGUGUAUGGGUGUUUCCCAGUACUGGGUUGCAGCUGGAAGGGCAUCCGCAGUGUAAAACAUAUGCUGGAUAAGUUGGCGAUUCAUUCCGCUGUGGCAGCCCCAAUUAAAUAAAGAUACUAAGCUAAAGGACAACGAAAGAAUUAAUGAAACUAGCCUCUUCUGACAAUACGUAAAAUAGUUACGUUGCCUCAUGAGAGGUUUUUCCCGCUAUGGAUGUCAGUGGUUACCCAUUUACACCAUUCUUCAAAAUAUCUUAUUUUGUGUUUGACACAGAAAAAAAAAAUUAUGAAACAUCAAAACUACCUCAUUUACCUCAGGUAAAUGUUUAUUUUGGGUGAACUAUGCCUUUAAGCUAAAUGCAGAUAAUUUAAGUAGAACAGAAGCACAAUGUUUCUGACCAGAACUAUUGUUUGACAUCUAAGAUCUACUGGAUGGGUAGCAUUUUAAAGCCAUUUCAAAAUACAAACAAUAUAUCACACAGUGUUUAUAGAAGAAUGCUCUGCCAAAUGCUGAUAUUUAAAGGCCUUGACCUAAGACAUUCUUAUACUUAGCUUAAAAAUAACCAAUUAAAUGCAUAAGAUUUUAUUUGGUCAAAGGGAAUCAGUGUUGAGAUCGAGAAAAGAGAGAUGAAGGCUUAACAAUGAAGAAAUAUGAAAGGUGAAAAGGUAAGAGAUGAUAUCAAAAAAGUCUGUUAUGAGGAUUUCUGAGAAACUGAUUUGCAUUACAACCUUAAUGCGAGCUUAAGAUGACAUCCAGAGGGAUCAGUUUUUCAAACAAAACCUCAGUGGACAAACAGAAAUAAAUAUAUGGACAGUAUAAUGACUGUUGGAAUUAGCAAGUAAGCAAUGUAUUAACUUCUGGCAGAGCUAACAGGAGAAACUGUAUGACAAAGAGACAGAAUGUAUUACGAUAAAGCAAAGUUGUAUCAAAUUAUUAGCAAAACGUUGUCAUAUUUCUAAUUUUUAAGACGUUUUUGAUUACAGAAGAAAUGAAUGUACUCAGUAUGUGAGUCUUUUUCAAGUAAGUUGAAUAGUAACACUAAUUUAGCAGCUGGUGCAUAGUUGGAGCGCUAUUCGGUUCAACUUUUCUUGACGAUUACAGUAAGCAGACUGUGUUAUUUUCUUUCUUUUUUGUUGAUUUUAUUUUGAGGAAGGAAUUUAUAUUCACUUUUUUGUUUGCUUCACUAUUUCUAGCAGUUCUACUAGAAGAACUUUAAAUAAAACAAACUUGGGAAGGGAGCUAGUUAUAAAAAUGUUCAUUUUUAGUUUGACUGCUGUCUUCUGUUCAUUUUUUUGCUUUCUUCUGUUUUCUUUGUGUGGUAUUUUCUUCAUGAUACGCUAUUUGUAAAAUGUACCACAGUGCCAUUAAAAUCAUUGUCUUCAGUUUUA